UGUCCGCAGUCUCUGGUCAUCCCCUGCACUAUGUCCGCAGUCUCUGGUCAUCCCCUGCACUAUGUCCGCAGUCUCUGGUCAUCCCCUGCACUAUGUCCGCAGUCUCUGGUCAUCCCCUGCACCGUCCGCAGUCUCUGGUCAUCCCCUGCACCGUCCGCAGUCUCUGUCUCUGGUCAUCCCCAGCACUGUGUCCGCAGUCUCUGGUCAUCCCCUGCACUGUGUCCGCAGUCUCUGGUCAUCCCCUGCACUGUGUCCGCAGUCUCUGGUCAUCUCCUGCACUGUGUCCGCAGUCUCUGGUCAUCUCCUGCACUGUGUCCGCAGUCUCUGGUCAUCUCCUGCACUGUGUCCGCAGUCUCUGGUCAUCUCCUGCACUGUGUCCGCAGUCUCUGGUCAUCCCCUGCACUGUGUCCGCAGUCUCUGGUCAUCUCCUGCACUGUGUCCGCAGUCUCUGGUCAUCUCCUGCACUGUGUCCGCAGUCUCUGGUCAUCUCCUGCACUGUGUCCGCAGUCUCUGGUCAUCUCCUGCACUGUGUCCGCAGUCUCUGGUCAUCUCCUGCACUGUGUCCGCAGUCUCUGGUCAUCUCCUGCACUGUGUCCGCAGUCUCUGGUCAUCUCC